CUCUUUUACAUCUACUAUCUACGCUUUAUCUAUCAUCACUGCUAGGUAGGCGUGUGCUCAAAAGCUGUUAACUACAGAGAUGGAAGAAGAUGAGUGUCUGGAGUCCUUGUACAUCAAAUCCAGUGACUGUGUCGAUGUUUCCUGUAUAGAUAGAGAAGUAAAAGACACUCUGCCCUUUACACUAGUCUCCUCCAUUUUAUCUGUGCUGGGAAGCACUGCAAUCAUAAUACCUUUCUUCAUCUGGAGAGAGAUGAGGGCCUCAAACACAAGGAGGAUUAUAUUCCUUCUAGCAGUGGCAGACUUAUUUACUGCUGCUAGCUUUAUUUCAGCCGUGGUAAGACACUAUAUCUUCCUCGAGGGCCAUGAAUAUGAUGGGGAAAUUACCACUAGCUUCAGCAUUGAAGUGAGGAAAGACACAGGGUAUAAGAAUUUCUGCGAAGUCCAGGCAUUUUUUACAGUUUAUUUCCAAUGCGUGGCUUUCUUCCUCACAGCAUUUCUUGCAGUUUAUUUCUUCAUCAUUUUAGUCCUCAAGAAUCUGAGGCUGGCCAGAAAAUUAAUGCUACCAUUCUGUCUCAGUGCUUGGGCCGUACCGAUCAUAAUUUGUGGCUACGUCCUUUCACAUAGAAAGUUUGGUAUUGGUGAUUCAAGGACCUCUGUUGGCUGGUGUUUUAUUGACAAUAAAUUUGUUCUGACUCGUAACAGGACUAAGCACGAUCAAAACGUAGUUAUAUACUUCCUCUGGGAGCUAUUUGCACAAAAACUCUGGGAGAUGUUAGCUUUUUUUGUCAUUAUAGUCUGCUAUUGUUUCAUACUAUUCACCAAUAGAUGCAAGUGCAGAAAGAAAAUUAAGUUAAAGUCAGAAGAGAGCUCAUUAAUUGAGUCUGAUGAAGAUGGGCAGUGGACAACAAGGCAUGCACAGAUCAAGCCCAAACCUUCUACCCCUGCUAAAGGAAUGAGAGACGUGCAAGCAGCUAUAUCAAAGGCAGAUUGGAGGCUGGCCCUUGUGCCGCUAGUUUUCCUCCUGCUUCGUUUUUGGGGAAACCUCCGCUUCUUUAUCUCAAUGAUGAAUAACUGUCAUGUGUAUGCUGCUCACCCUAAAGAAUACAGCGGGUUUUUCUGCGUCGAGCCAGAGUGCUUUAACUUGCUUUAUAAUAAAGAAAUACUGACACUGCAUGCGAUUGGUGAUCCAGCUCAAGGUUUUGGUAAUGCUAUUCUUUUUGUCUUUCUUUCAAGGAAUAUCAUGAGCAAGCUGUUGGGACCUGUUUUAAAGGUUUUCAGGAGCUGUAGGAAAAAGAAUGACGUUAAUAAUAACACGAGGAAUGAUAGUAGACCAUCCAGAGCUGCAGUCAUAGUGACUUAUCAUAGCAAAGAUAAAAAAUCACAUUAUGCAAAGAUAUAUUGAGUGAUAAGCUUUGAUUUUAGAGCUGGUAGUGAAUUUUUAUUCCAUUUUUAU